UUUGCUUCAGAGAUAAAAUAACAUUUUUAUCUAACGAAGUACUCCUCUUCAUUAAGCGUGUUUUCGCACCACAAAAUCAUCGAAAUUUAAUGUUUACACUACACACUUGAAGACAAGAGCAGUCUAGAAUACUUGAAACUAACUUAAAUGACUGCGGACAAUCGAUAUAUAAAUAGUCACCCAAGCUGACAAUACCAUCAGUUAGAAAAUAUCAAAAUCAUGUUUUCCAAGCCUAUUGCAAUCAUUCUUGUGACAAUUGCCCUUGCGGCUACUUCCCUGGCCGAUGACAAACAUCGCAUAGUUGGGGGCCAGAAUGCAGCUGAGGGACAGUUUCCACAUCAGAUUUCUCUUCGCCGGAACAAGCAGCACACUUGCGGUGGAUCAAUUAUUUCCAACAAAUACGUCCUUACUGCAGCUCAUUGUGUUGUCCAAAGUGGAAUUACUCCUUAUCCUGCUAAUCAGUUCUCAAUUUAUGCCGGAUCAACUAACCGUGUGUCUGGAGGUAUUGAAGUCGCUGUUGCCAAUAUUAAGGUCCAUGAGAAAUAUGGCAAUUUCUUGAAUGAUCUUGCCGUUUUAACUUUGGCAAAAAGUCUUUCAUUCAGCAAAAAAAUUGCUCCAAUUUCCUUGCAAAACAGAGAAAUUCCCCAUGAUGCCCAGGUUCUGAUUUCCGGUUGGGGACGUCUUUCAACCAACGGUGAUAUUCCAAUGCAAUUGCAAUACAAUACCUUGAAUGCAGUCAGCGAGAGGAGAUGUUUUGCCAGUCAAGGAUUAAACGAUGAUUCAAUUCUUUGUUUGGCUCACCAAAAGAAUAAUGGAGCAUGCAAUGGUGACUCUGGUGGCCCAGCUACUUAUCAAGGAAAACUUGUUGGUGUUGCUGGAUUCGUUGUUAUGGGAUGUGGCAGUAGGAAUCCGGAUGGUUAUGCCAAGGUUUCACAUCACAUUCAAUGGAUCCAAAGACAUGCAGCUUAAGGUUGAGUGUUUUUGAAGAAAAUAUCAAUGAAAUCUAGAUUUUGAAAGUAAUAAAUUUGUCUGCAAAAAAGAA